UCAAAUGGAACGCACCAUUAGUUCGGAGAGGCGACCCUUUUCCGGAAUGUGACGGAAAAAGCCGAAGACUCCCUCUGAAAGAAAACAGACCGACCAACAGCGGUUCAGAUGGAGGAAACCUGCACCACAGCAGACUCAGUUAUCUCUUCUCAACAACAGAAGGAAGGUGGUUUGUGAAGUUUUUUUUAAGCAGAAGAAGCUCGCCGUCUUUUCUCAGCUUUAGAAGAUCCGUGUGUGACAUGUUUGGUCCUUUUUCAUGCGUGAAAGUAUAAAAACUUAGAAACGCAACAUGGGGUGAAUGUGACAUCUGAGGAGGAUGCUGAAUCCGUUGACGGAAGAGUGACGUGACCAAACUCACAGGUAACCAUGGUGAAGGAGAGUCUGCCCAGCUGGGUCCGACAGGACUCCGACGAGGCUCUUGUCCACGUGAACGUCGGAGGUCUGAAGAGGAGCCUCUGUUCCAGUACGCUGAAGAAAUUCCCAGACACCAGAUUGGGAAAACUGCUGGCGUGUGAUUCAGAGGAGGAUAUACUGCAGGUGUGUGACGACUAUGACGUGCAGCAGAAGGAGUUUUAUUUUGAUAGGAAUCCCGGCCUGUUCCCUUACGUCCUCCACUUUUACCAGACGGGCAAACUUCACAUCAUGGAGGAGCUGUGUGUCUUCUCUUUCAGUCAGGAGAUCGAGUACUGGGGCAUCAAUGAGUUCUUCCUGGACAGUUGCUGCAGUUACCGUUACCACGACCGCAAGCUGGAGAACAGCCGGCAUCACAGCUGGGACGACGAGAGCGACGUCAGCAGCGUCGACACAUCUGUGGACGAGAUAUCUGACUUAAACAGAGAAAUGCUGCAUUUCCAGAAGGUGCGUUAUGGGAACAUCAGGAAGUGUCUAUGGCUGACGCUUGAGAACCCGGGAUACUCCAUCCCCAGCAAGCUCUUCAGUCUGGUCUCCAUCGGGGUGGUGCUCACAUCCAUCGCCACCAUGUGUAUUAACAGCAUCCCGGAGUAUCAGACAUUUAACGAUGAAGGGAAGUUGAUCGAGGACCCGACCAUGCAAGCUCUGGAGGUGUUCUGCAUCUGCUGGUUCAACUUCGAGGUGCUGUCGCGGCUGCUGCUCUCCCCGAACAAGAGAAAGUUCUUUCAUCACCCUCUGAACAUUAUCGACAUGGUGUCUGUGGCUCCCAUCUACAUCACGCUGCUCUUUGACUUGACUUUGGGAUCAGAGUCUGAACUGGGAAAUUUGGGACGACUCAUACAGGUGUUCAGGUUAAUGAGGAUCUUCAGGGUUUUGAAGUUGGCCCGACACUCGACAGGACUUCGGUCACUGGGAGCGACACUUCGGCACAGUUACCGCGAGGUCGGCAUCCUGCUGCUGUACCUGGGUGUCGGAGUGUCCGUCUUCUCGGGUAUCGCUUACACCGCUGAAUACGAAGAGGAUGUGGGUCUGGACACCAUCCCGGCCUGCUGGUGGUGGGGGACGGUGAGCAUGACGACGGUAGGCUACGGUGACGUGGUGCCUGUUACAGUGGCUGGGAAGCUGGCGGCCAGCGGCUGCAUCCUGGGCGGCACCCUGGUUGUGGCGCUGCCCAUCACCAUCAUCUUCAACAAGUUCUCCCACUUCUACCGGAGACAGAAAGCCCUGGAGGCGUCGGUGAGGAACAACCACCGCAGGAAGAUGAGAAUGAGCUGCGAGAACGAGCCGGAGGAGGAAGAGGAGGAGGGAGAGGAGGGGUCAGACGGGGACAGCAGGUGCCUGGACGAUGACGAUACCGUUGGCAUGGAGGAGGACGAUAUAGAUCACGAGGAUGACGGAGGUGUGAUCAACUACAGCUACGUGGAGCAUCCGUACUACGCGUCCAUACUGAGGAGGAAGGAGCUGCGUCACCUGUGAGGAGAUGAACGCUCACACUGGAGAUUAAAACAUCACAUUAAAACCAUAGACUGUAAAAAUAAUGCAUGUAGCAUCCAUGAUGUCACCCGUUGGUUUGUGGACUGCCGGUUUGAUGCUUCGAGUUUAGUGAUAGGGGCAUACAUUGUUUUUUUGCAACCGGAUGUUACGGUUGGGGGGAGCUUGGGAGGGAUGACGUGGCCAAACCAGUGUUGUUUAUGGUUGCAGUGGUGCUGUGCUAAGCUAAACGCUAAAGAGGGAAAGUUGCUGAUUGUCAACCCUUCUGAAACGAGUCAUCCAACGGAGAU